UCUCUCACUCUCUCUACACUGUCAGAAAUCCUGUUUGGUCGGCCCUUUCUUGCUUUCCCUUUUCUCAAAGGGUUGUCUCUCCCUUCUGUUUCUCUGAGAAAAAAAUAUAUAGGCAGAAGAAGAAGAAGAAAUGGGAUGCUUCCUUUGUUCAAACAAGAAAUUAGAAAAGAAGCAAGAAAUUAGCAAGUCUGCUGAUCAGAUCCCAUCCUCUUUAGAAAAACUGAAGGAUAGCUCCAAAAAUGGUGGAUCUGGACAUAUCGCAGCACAUACAUUUACAUUUCGUGAAUUAGCUGCUGCAACCAAAAAUUUCAGGGCAGAUUAUCUCUUGGGAGAAGGAGGCUUUGGUAGAGUAUAUAAAGGGCGGUUAGAGAGAACCAAUCAGAUCGUGGCCAUCAAGCAACUUGACCAAAAUGGAUUGCAAGGAAACAGGGAAUUCCUUGUUGAGGUCCUGAUGUUAAGCCUACUUCACCAUCCACACCUUGUCAACUUGAUUGGAUAUUGUGCUGAUGGAGAUCAGAGACUUCUAGUUUACGAGUACAUGCCGUUAGGAUCACUGGAAGACCAUCUACAUGAGCUUUCACCCGAAAAAAGACGACUAGACUGGAAUACAAGAAUGAAAAUUGCGGCCGGUGCUGCCAAGGGGCUAGAGUACUUGCAUGAUAAAGCGAAUCCACCUGUUAUAUACAGGGAUUUAAAAUGCUCCAAUAUUUUGCUUGAUGAAGAUUAUAACCCGAAGCUAUCUGAUUUUGGGUUGGCUAAGCUGGGUCCUGUAGGCGACAAAACCCAUGUUUCCACAAGAGUCAUGGGAACCUAUGGUUAUUGUGCACCAGAAUAUGCAAUGACGGGGCAGCUUACACUUAAAUCUGAUGUUUACAGUUUUGGAGUUGUUCUUCUAGAAAUUAUUACUGGUAGAAGGGCAAUUGACACGUCAAGAGCUGCUGGGGAGCAGAAUCUGGUUGCAUGGGCUCGACCAUUGUUCAAAGACCGUAGAAAGUUCUCACAAAUGGCUGAUCCAAUGCUUCAAGGUCAGUAUCCAGUUAGAGGCUUGUAUCAAGCUCUUGCAGUAGCCGCAAUGUGUGUCCAGGAGCAGCCCAACAUGCGCCCUCUCAUAGCUGACGUAGUUACAGCCCUAAACUAUCUUGCUUCCCAAAAUUAUGACCCUGGAACUCAACCAGUCCAAAGGCCUCACUCAGGCGCGUCGACUCCGAGACCAAGAAGGGAUUUGUGAUUGUUGCAGUGGAUGAUAAACUUCAAAUAUUGGAAUUAGACAACUACAUGGUUUUAGCCCUUUUCAGCAAAGUGCCGGAUUAGGAUAGAUGCAAUUUCCAUGAUGUGGAGUUGGCUCUUUCUUUUGCUCCAAACAGAUGAUGCCUGUUUAUCAUACCAUUUGCAGCAGAUGGUUGCAUUCCACUGCCAGUAUAUAAAUCUUUCUUCAUGUCUUACAGAAGCGAAGCAAGAAGAUAAGAGAAUAGGUUGAAUGCCCAGAAAAGAAAAAGAAAAAACAAUUUAGCUCUCACUUCUUGACUUUGCUUUUAGUUUUCUCUUAGGAAUUCUUUUAGGUUCUUCUUCCUUUCUUUGCUUUUCUUUUUCUCUGAUUAUGUAAAUUAGAAAGCCAUUUGGCAGUUGGACAGUAAUGAUGAAAGCUUGUAUCUAGCGUCCCGUCCUCUCAGAUGAUAAUUUUUUAAAACAAGAAAAGCAGGAAAGACACUGUUUUUAGUUUA